AUGAAUCUGCCAGAAGACAUAUUGCUCCAAAUUCUCUCAUGGCUGCCUGCAGAAUCUUUAAUUAGAUUCAAAUGUGUCUGCAAAGCAUGGUAUGCCCUUCUUGAGGAUCAAAAUUUUAUCUAUACACAUGUAAACAAUAUGAUCAAUCCCAUUAGACGAAAUGUCAAUGCUCAUCUACUCAUCAGCUGCCGUAGUUCCAUGACUAACAAAAGAGUCAUCUCAUUAUCUAGGGAUUCCUCACUUGAUAGAUUCAUUAAUCAAGAUCUGCCACCAUUUUUUAGCAACAAUUUUGGCCAAAUUAGAUUGAUAGGUCCAUGUAAUGGUAUUAUCUGUUUGUAUGGCUAUCCAGACCAGAUUGCCCUGUGCAACCCUUCAAUAGGACAAUUCAAGAUCUUGCCUCCUUCACAAGUUUCACGGCCCCAUGACAUAAAGGUCCGUGGAGGCGAUAUCGGGAUAGGUUUUGACUCCAAAAUCAAGGAUUACAAGGUGAUACAAAUUUUGUUUUGCAUUUCUAAUCAGAGCGGCCUGUAUUAUCAUGUUGAGAUAUACUCAUUAGGGACAGAUUCUUGGAGAAAAUAUGAUGCAGCUGUUCCAGCUAAUGUCAUGUAUACCAAUAUGUGGAGUAUGGUAUACAAAAAUGAGACAUUUUGCUGGUGGGCGCAAAAUGGUAAUACCGAGGUGAUACUUUCCUUCAACAUGAGCAAAGAAAUCUUCCAAGAGACACCGUUGCCAUCAGAUAUAGAAUGUUUUGGUGGAAGGCACAGAACUACGCGAUCCAUCGUGCCAUUGAACGAGUCCAUUGCGCUGAUUGUUUACCGUAUGAAGGAAAAGGAGAAAGUUUUUGAUGUUUGGGUGAUGAAUGAAUUAGUUUUAGGAGCUCACGAGAAGUCUACUUGGACUAAGCAACUAAGUAUUGGUCCUAUUUCAGGUGUUGAAAGGCCACUGGGAUUUUGGAAGAGCGGUGAACUCGUUCUGGAAAAUUGUUCUCGAGAGCUGGUUCUCUAUGAUAGAAAAACUAAGGAAAUUAAGAAUCUUGGACUUCAUGGCAAAAGGGAUAGAUUGGAAGUCCUUGUUUAUUAUGAUAGCAUAGUUUCUGUCCAAAGAGUUUGA